AUGGGACUAGAGGACGAACGAAAGAUGCUUACUGGAUCCAGAGACUCCAAAGAGGAAGAAGAGCAGGAGGAAUUAGUGGACCCCCUAACUACAGUGAGAGAGCAAUGUGAGCAGUUAGAGAAGUGUGUAAAGGCCAGGGAGCGGCUAGAGCUUUGUGAUAAGCAUGUCUUCCCCAACACAGACGAAAAGGAUUGUACAGAGGAGCUCUUUGACUUCUUGUAUGCACGUGACCACUGUGUGGCCCACAAACUCUUUAACAGAUUGAAGUAG